UUAUCUUUUUAAUACGAGGGCUGAUUUUAUUAGACUAAUAGAACUUCAAAACAGUGAAACGUAUGAAAUGUCUUUUAAACAUAAAGAUUUUUUUAUACGCCGUGCGACAAUAAACGACAUGCCUGCUGUCGCGGAGAUGAUCAAUGAGCUCGCAGUAUACCAUAACUCAGUGAGAUUUCCGUUGAAACUAGAAAAAGAUUUACAGCGUGACGGAUUUCAAAGAGAACCGGCGGCUUUUCAAUGUAUCGUUGCUGAAGUACAGAGACAGAACAAGUGUUCAAUAGUCGGGUACGCUCUGUACUACCCCGUGUACUCCACCUGGCGAGGCAAGGCUCUGCUGCUAGAAGAUCUGUUUGUGAAAGCUCAUGAAAGAAAACGUGAAAUUGGUAGUUAUUUAUUCGAAGCUGUAGUGAAGGAGGCGCACCUUGCUGGGUACAGUAGAGUCGACUUUCACGUGGCGGGAUGGAACAGCGCGAGGUCAUUUUACGAAAGAAAAGGUGCAAAGAACUUGACGGAGACUAUGGGUGUAUGUCACUAUCGACUCACGGGGGCGCCGCUGAGAGCUGCGGCCGCCGCGGCGGACCACACACAUGUUAUACUAUAAGUGUAUCAGUUUACUGAGGGACUAAGGAUUUGUAUCAUCCUUCAUCACCAUAAGAUUAUACCAAAACAACAAUUAGAUUUUCUUUUGUAAAAAUUAUAUUUUAAAUAAAAUAAAAUUAUAAUUUAAAUAUACAGAAUCAUAAUGAAGUAAGACGCGAAUUAAAGGUGACAAAGUUUAAUAGAGUUUCUAUCCGCAGAGAAUUAGUUUUGUAACAGUAGUAAGUCAAUUUGAAGAAUUUGUUAAAAUAUUUCCAGAUUAUACAAAAAGAUUCAAAUACACUGAUUACAUUGAGACACUUCUCUCAACUGGAAUGUUUAACUUGUUGUAUGUACCGCUAUAUAUUUAAGAUAUACAUAUUUUAAAUUUAUCCGUCAUGAACAUUUGUUUGUCUGUCACGACAGACAGCCAGACAGCAACUUCGAACAAUUCAUUGCAUUAAGCUCCUCCUCAUGGAACUGAAGUUCUGUGUGACUCGUUUGUUGUAUCAGCUGGAGGUAAGGCUGCGACAAGGCAUGCCUUCAAAACAACAUCUCCUAAAGGGACAUGUAACUUACUGUAUGAUUGUUGUUAUUGACUUUUUCAUGUAUUUCUCUCGUUUCCGCCAAGUCCCAUAAUUUUCCUUCUGUGUGUGAGAUUUUUGUGCGAGUGUAAGGGAUAUUAAUAGGUAAAUAAUUAACGAUACUGUUAAGAAAAAUAUUGGGAAGUAAAAGUAUUCUAUCGUCAUUGAACAUUUCUUAUAGAGGAUUCUCUUCGACUUUUCUUCCGUCACCUCUGACAGAUAUUAGUUUGGUUCUGUUAGUUAGGAAGAACUUUAACAAUCUUCAGCUUGUGUGGUGGUCGGAGGGUGUUCCAAAGUGAAAUAUCGUUUUUAUAUUCAUCGCAAUAUACUCGUCACAGAAUUUAUCUUCUAUCAUAUUCUUCCUCACAAUAUCUUUUUUCUAUUUUAAAUGAUUCCCAAGAACAAUACAUAUAGUAUAUGUAGCCUCUGAACGAUGGCACCACACAGCAUUAUCGUCAGAGGAAACGGAAUAACAGACAUACACUCUGAUGGAUAUAAUCUGAUUGAGAUCCAAAAAAAAUAUGUAAAGUGUGAAAAUUUACAUGACAGUAGUUAAAGUAAAAGUAUAAAAUUGGUUUAUUGUUACUAAUUGUAUAAUAAUGUUAUUUAAAUAAUAAUCCUUUCUGUUUGUUUUAUUUCGCAAAGUUUUUAUAAUUUGUGAUUAAGCUGUAACUUGUAAGCAGCUCAAUUUAAAAUCCGAUGACGGGUUUGAUUUAUUAUUAUU